CGAAGGCACGGGUUAAAAGUUCAAUGUACGUGAGUCAGCAGCGAAGGAAAAACUUAAGCCAACCCAACAAACAAUUAUGCGGCACAGUUGCCAAAAAAAAGGGGAAAAGAAAAUCACGAAAUGAAUCAACAACAUUAUUUAUGCAGCAGUUUUGGAGCAUCCAAAUUCGAGAGCCAUGUUGCGCGUUGACCUGAAGGCCUUGUUGCAAAUCUCAAUGUCGACGCCGGGAGCGUUGCAAAUACACAAGCGCAUCCAAUUGAAGGGCAAUGUGAGUUAUAUCAUUUGCUGCGAGCUGCACGAUGGCCUGUUGACCAUCAAACAGGCGCGUCGUCUGAAGCUGGGGCGAACUAGAAGACGCACCAAGAGGCAGCAAAAAGGGUUAUCAACAGCUAAGCAGCCAACAACUGUGAUGUCCUUGCAAGGAAGUCUAUCUAGCAAAACAAGCAAGCCAAAUGUUCGUAGUCAUGAUGCGAGGGUGGACACACAGGACUUGAAAUUUAUGAUGAACCAAUAUCAACAGACCUCUAUGCAAAAUAGUUUCACGAUUGGCACCCAGACGAGGCAACUUCACUUAGUGUCUCAAUCCACGCAAAUCGGCCGAAGCUUGGAGACAAAAACUACUCAGACACAGGUAGAGCCAAUGUUGUCUGCUAUGGCCAGCACUAUGACGGAUGCUGAGUUGCAGUAUCGCAACUGUGGCACACAGACCACCCAGGAGCAGGAUGAGGAUGAGGAUGAACUAUUGUCGCCCCACUUAGGGCUGCUGCAUCAGCUGCUCAUAAUGAGCAACACUCAGGGACAGUUGCUAAUGCGAGGCGUGGAGGGCAUAAAUCAACUGAUAGAAUGCAAAACCCUCGAGAUAGAAAAGCAAAGCCUGGAAGCCACAACGACGGCUGACGUCAAGCAACUGUGUGCCAAAAGUUAUGCGAUAUUGACACAGAACAACAAUAAAUUCCAACAGCAACUAAAGCCUCAAAUUCGCAGUGCAAGAUUUCGUUGUGGCAAGUUUGGGAGCUGGCCAAAGCGAAGCCAUCGACAUCGACAUCGCAGGGAGCAGACAAAACAAGCGGAGACCACAGCCACACAAAUGCACAGCUGCAAAGCGACGCAAACGGAGCAACUGAGCACGAAGGUCGCUGCCAACCUGGUGACUGCAACACAAAGGCACAGAGACAAGGGAUUCCUUUGGCUGCGACGCAGCAGCUAGACACAGUCGAAAAAAGAAAAGAAAACAGAACUAGGAGGAACCUUUAGUUGAAGCAUAUUCGACUAAAAGAUACCCUUUUUAUUUCUUUACUAUUUUAAAUUUCAGCAUUACAUUAUUAUAUUUGUUUUUAUUACUCUAGCGUAUUGAAACUUUUAAAACG